AUGGCGGUGCUUGAGCAGUCUUGGGUCAAGGUCCAGGAGAAGACGUUUGGGAAAUGGCUCAACAACAAACUCAAAGCGCGAAAUGUACACAUCGAUAACCUUGUCACCGACCUCUCCGACGGCAUCGCCCUCAUCCACCUCCUCGAGAUUCUCUCACAGGACUCGUUAGGCCGAUAUGCUGCACGACCGAAACUGCGGGUACAGCGAUUCGAGAAUGUCAAUAUCGCGCUGGACUUUAUAAAAGCACGGAAGAUCCAAUUAACGAACAUCGGCGCUGAGGAUGUGGUGGAUGGAAACCGGAAGAUUAUACUCGGUCUGAUAUGGACGCUCAUCUUGCGCUUCACGAUCAGCGACAUCAACGACCAGGGCCUGAGUGCAAGAGAAGGUCUGCUGCUGUGGUGUCAGAGGAAGACGGCGUGUUAUGAUGAGGUGGAGGUGAGGGACUUCUCGAAUAGCUGGAAUGAUGGACUGGCUUUCUGUGCGUUGUUGGACAUUCACAGGCCGGACCUGAUCGAUUAUGAUCAGCUGGACAAGUCCGACCACAAGGGCAACAUGCAGCUGGCCUUCGACAUUGCGAGCAAGGAGAUUGGGAUCCCGGACCUGCUUGACGUCGAGGAUGUGUGUGAUGUUGCGAAGCCGGAUGAGAGGUCGCUUAUGACAUACAUCGCCUACUGGUUCCAUGCUUUCUCGCAGAUGGAGAAGGUGGAGAACGCUGGGAGACGAGUCGAGAAGUUUGUCUCCAAUAUGCAGGGCGCGUGGGAGAUGCAGAACGACUACGAGCGAAGGAUCCGAGCGUUGAAGGCAUCGAUCGCAAAGCAGCGUGAGGACUGGACAGCAGCCGUGUUUGACGACACAUAUGCAGAUGCGAAAGAGCAGAGUCGACACUUCACGGCGUACAAGCGGAGAGAAAAGCGCGACUGGGUUGCUGAGAAGAGCGAUCUUGCUGGCCUGCUUGGGAACAUCAAGACGAAGCUCAACACGUACCGGUUGCGACCAUAUCAGCCACCAGCGGAGCUAAGUCUGGAAGCUCUCGACGAGUCCUGGAUGGGCCUCAUGGAGGCAGAGCGAACUCGAAGUCAAGUCAUCAACAUGAAGAUCCGUGACAUCAAGAACAAUCUACGGCGAUCAUUCGCCGACAAAGCUAACGACUUUGCGCUGGCACUCCAGACCAUUAGCGUCAGCAUCUCAGGUCUAGAAGGAGAUGUGGAAGACCAGCUCGAACAUACAACGCGCAUAUCACAAAACCUCCCGCCCCUCGACCAAUACCUCGACAUCAUCUCGGACCUCGAUCAGCGUUGUACCGAGGCCAACAUCGAAGAGAACGACUUCACCACGUACACGUACGACGAACUCGCCUACGAACUCAGCCUCGUCCGCUCCAGCGUACAAAAGAAACUCGCCUUUCUAGAGAAUCAGAUGGUUGCUCGUAACAUGACCAACCUCACCCCGAUCCAACUAGAAGAAUUCGAGUCCGUCUUCCGUCACUUCGACCGCGACCUCUCCAACUCCCUACAAGAACUCGAAUUCUCCGCCGCCCUCGCCUCCCUAGGCCUCGUCUACGACGAACAAGAAAUGCACGAACGCUUCAUCGAAGUCGCCGGUCGCGGCGGAAACGUUAGCUUCGAGCAAUUCAUCAGGUUCAUGGUCGAUGUGACCGAGGAUCAGAAUACUGCAGAACAGGUCUUUGAGAGUUUCAGAGAGGUUGCCGAUGGGAAGCCGUAUGUGACGGAGUUGGAUCUGACGCAUUCCCUGAUUCCGGAGGAGAUUGUGGAGCAGCUUGUGCAGACUAUGCCGGCGCAUAAGGGCCCGGAUUUGCAGGAGGAUCGCGAUUUGCCGAAGUUUGAUUAUGUUCGUUUUAUGGAGCGGUAUUUGCAUGGGGAGAAGGGGAAGGAGGGGCAGCAGCGGCAGCAGGGGCAGCAGCAGCAGCCGAACGGGAAGCAUGAGUAG